UCCUGAGAUAGGCAAGGUGGCUAGCUUGACUCACAGCAGAGAGUUUCCAGAGCUGGCUGGAGUGGGUUACCUGCACCGCAGGAAUGCGGCAGCCGUGGCUUCUUCCAGGACUCUGCUUGCUCCUGAGCUUGUCUGGAGCUGUGGCUCAGAAGCCCAAAGCUACCUGUUCUCACUGCCCCCCAAAUGCUUCCUGUGUCAAUGGCACUCACUGUACCUGCAACCCUGGAUAUGUUUCUGGAUCUGGGAAGAAAUUCUUCACGUUCCCCUUGGAAACAUGUGACGAUAUCAAUGAAUGUCAACCACCGUUUAGUAUAUAUUGUGGAUUAAAUGCUGAAUGUCAGAAUGCCGAAGGAAGCUUCUACUGCCGCUGCGUCCCCGGAUACGAACUCCUUUCUGGGGACACAAAAUUCAAGAAUUUCAAUGAGAACACCUGUCGGAACGCCACCUCCUCAAAGACAAACAAAGGCAAGAAAGAGCUGCAACAGAUUGUUGACCAAUUUGAGUCAUUUAUCACCAAAUGGCAAACGGAAAAGAAGCAAGAAGUUGCAUCCACAGCUACAUCUAUCCUCCGGGAUGUGGAAUUAAAUGUUCUAAAAACUGCUUUGAAAUUCCCAGGGCAAAAAGUCCAGGAAGUCCAAAACAGUACUGUGGCCAUUGAAACUCGAGUGGUUACGGACAAUUGCUCUGAAGAAAAGAAGACAUUCAGCUUGAAGGCCCAAAUGAACUCAUUGGACAUCCAUUGCAAUGACAUUGUCCAGGGAAACAUACAAGGGCCCAGUGCAGUAGCCUUUAUUUCCUACUCUUCUCUUGGAAACAUCAUAAAUGCAUCAUUUUUUGAAGAGAUGGGUGAGAAACAUCGAGUUUACCUGAACUCCCAGGUGGUGAGUGCUGCUAUCGGACCCAAGAGGAACAUGUCUCUCUCCAAGUUUGUGACUCUGAGUUUCCAGCAUGUGAAGAUGAAUCCCAGUAACAAAAAGGCCUUCUGUGUCUACUGGAAGAGCACAGAGCAGGGCGGGCACUGGUCCAGAGAUGGCUGUCUCCUGAUACAAGUGAACGGAAGUCACACCAUAUGCAAUUGCAGCCACCUGUCUAGUUUCGCUGUUCUCAUGACCUUCACCACCCAGGAGGAGGAUCCUGUGCUCACCGUCAUCACCUACGUGGGGCUGGGCCUCUCUCUGCUGUGCCUCCUCCUGGCGGCCCUCACCUUCCUCCUGUGCAAAGCCAUCCAGAACACCAGCACCUCACUGCACCUGCAGCUCUCACUCUGCCUCUUCCUGGCCCACCUCCUCUUCCUCACGGCGAUGGACAGAACCGAACCCAAGGUGUUGUGUGCUGUCGUUGCUGGUGCCUUACACUACCUCUACCUGGCCUCCUUCACCUGGAUGCUGCUGGAGGGCCUGCACCUCUUCCUCACCGCGCGGAACCUGACGGUGGUCAACUACUCCAGCAUGAACAGACUCAUGAAGUGGCUCAUGUUCCCAGUUGGCUACGGCGUCCCCGCUGUGAUUGUGGCCGUUUGUGCAGCAUCUAAGCCUCACCUCUAUGGCACUCCUGAUCACUGCUGGCUCAACCUGGAUCAGGGAUUCAUCUGGGGUUUCCUUGGCCCAGUCUGUGCCAUUUUCUGUGUGAAUUUAGUAUUUUUUCUCUUGGUCCUUUGGAUUUUGAAAAGGAAACUUUCCUCCCUCAAUAGUGAAGUGUCAACCAUCCAGAACAAAAGGAUGUUGACACUUAAGGCAACACUUCAGCUCUUCAUCCUGGGCUGCACGUGGUGCCUGGGCAUUCUGCAGGUGGGUCCAGCUGCCCAGGUCAUGGCUUACCUCUUCACCAUCAUCAAUAGCCUUCAGGGUUUCUUCAUUUUCCUGGUCUACUGCAUCCUCAGCCAGCAGGUCCGGAAACAAUACCAAAAAUGGUUUAGAGAGAUCGUGAAACUAAAAUCUGAGUCUGAGACACUUACGCUUUCCAGCAAGUUUAGCCCUGACUCAAAACCCAGUGAGGACAAGUAAAAAGAAAAUAUGGAAACUAGAACAUUCAGCUUCAUAUGAAAAAGGCAUUACCCAUGGAUCUUGUUGGCAGCAUGAAGAAUGAAGCUGAGGACAAGGGAACUCAUUACACGUAUCAUUCUUAGAGAGGAUAUAUUUAACCUUUACUUCCUGAAGUGCUCAUUCUGGAUAACAGGCUCUUAAAAAUGUGUGUUGAAUCAGAUUUCUCUUUGCUCUGAUGUGCUCAGCCAAUGCUUGUUCCUGAAUACUCACAUCAUGGUCAUUGCAAAUACUUCCUUGACUUUUUGUAAAUGAGGAGGCCCCUUUCCUCAAGUUCUUACUCUCAUUUGUCCAAAACUUACUCUUUAAACUCAUUCAGCCCUUCAAACCAUCAACUUCCUACUGGCUUUACCUCCUUGCUUAUCCAAGCUAAGUCUCAUGACCAACCAUGUGAAAUGAUUCUGUCUUAUAAACACCUUUGUAGCUGGGUGUGGUGGCUCAUGCCUGUAAUCCCAGCACUUGGGAGGCUGAGGUGGGAGGAUGGUUUGAGGCCAAGAGUUUGAGGCCAGCCUGGGCAACAGAGCGAGUCCCCAUCACUAUAUAUAUAAAAAAAAAAAAAUCUUUGCACCCUUAUUCUGAUUCCAUUUAGGGAAAAUCUCAGCCCAGAACCAAUGCAACAAUGGCAGACACUGUGGAUUGUCUACUCAGCAGCCAUCACCACCACCACCACACUUUCCUUAUUGACAGAACAUUGAGGGUGCAGUGGCUCACACCUGUCAUCCUAGCACUCUGGGAGGCAGAGGUGGGAGGAUCGCUUGAGCUCAGGAGUUU